AUGGAACCAGGAAACCAAACCAGUAUUUCAGAAUUUAUCCUCCUGGGACUCUCAGAAGAGGUAUUAUUGCAGCCUCUCCUCUUUUGGAGCUUCCUGUUCAUGUACCUGGUCACCUUCAUUGGGAACCUUCUCAUCAUCCUGGCCAUUAUCACUGACUCCCACCUCCACACACCCAUGUAUUUCUUUCUCUUCAACCUAUCUUUUUCAGACAUGUGUUUCACCUCUACCACCAUCCCAAAGAUGCUGUGGAACAUCCAGACUCAGAGUCAAGUUAUCACCUAUGAAGGCUGCAUUGUACAGAUGUAUUUUUUCAUGCUUUUUGGGAUAUUAGACAACAUCCUCUUGACUGUGAUGGCUUUUGACCGGUUUGCAGCCAUCUGUCACCCACUGCAGUACAUGAUCAUCAUGAACCCUAAGUUUUGUGACCUCCUGCUUCUGACAUCCUGGUUAGUGAGUGUCCUCGACUCUCUGUUACAUGGCUUAAUGAUUUUGCGACUCUCUUUUUGCACAAAAUUGGAAAUUCAUCACUUUUUUUGUGAACUUUAUGAGGUGGUUCAGCUUGCUUGUUCUGAUACUUUCCUCAAUGACCUGAUGAUAUAUUUUGCAAGUGGAGUUCUGGUUAUUGUUCCACUCACUGGUAUCCUUUUCUCUUACUCUAAGAUUGUAUCCUCCAUUUUGAAAAUUUUAUCCACAAGGGGCAGGUAUAAAGCAUUUUCCACAUGUGUGUCUCACCUCUCAACUGUCUCCUUGUUCUAUGGUACAAGCCUUGGGGUGUAUCUUAGCUCUGCUAGCACACAAAACUCCAGGGCAACUGCAGUAGCCUCAGUGAUGUACACUGUGGUCACACCCAUGCUGAACCCUUUUAUCUACAGUCUUAAAAACAAAGACAUAAAGCAAGCCCUUAAAACACUCUUCAGCAAAGAAACAUUAUCAGUAUAA